GACUAAUGAAUUAAAAAUCUUGGGCUGGCCACAGUUUGCUGCUUAAUAAUGCCUGUGACAGAAGGAUUUUUUCCUCCCUGAAGCGUGACAGCAUCAUAAUCCUUCAUCCCUGGCAAGGAGGGGAAGGAAAAGCGGAAUUGCGGAGAAAAGCGGAAAAGGUGAUCUUUUGGGACAGCGAAGCCUAUGGGAAGUGCAGGUAGCAGCAUGUUGCCCUGACAGCUGUCUCAGCUUCUCAGACCGUGUCAGUCUGUUGCUAUGCAGCAGGUGCAGCCUUUUCUUUUAUUGAAGCUUUACUCCAUAAAGGCAACGACAAGCCAAGGCAGUGGCUGGCCCUGGAUUAUACAAGUGCAGACACUCCGCUAAGUGAGGGUUUCAUCUCAGUAAAACCACUUUUUGGAGUUGGUGGUCUCAGAAGAAAGACCGAGGACUGAAUAAGGUCCCAGUUCGGGAGUCAAACCCAUGCAGACAGACCCCGACACCUGGACAGAGUUCCACUGAAGAAUCACCACCAAGCUGGAACAAACAAGUAAAAGCAUUGACUCAAGUGCCCACAUGAUCACCACCGCCAGGGUACCUGCUGAUAAGCCAGUACGAAUUGCCUUCAGCCUGAAUGACUCCCCAGAUGAUGCUUCUUCUGAAAACUUCCCUUUGGCAUUUCCAGAACUAGAUCAGCAGCUGCAGCCACUGCCUCCUUGUCAUGACUCUAAGGAAUCUAUGCAGGUGUACAAACAGCACUGCAAAAUAGCAGAAGAGUACCAUGAGGUCAAGAAAGAAAUUGCUCUGCUGGAAGAACGAAAAAAGGAGCUGAUUGCCAGGCUGGAACAAGUGGAAAAAGAAAGCAUGGAUGCUGCUCAGCUGGCUAAGGAGUACGCAGAACUGACAGAGGAGAACCGAACACUGAAGCUGGCCCAGACACAGUGUGUAGAGCAACUGGAAAAGCUCAGAAUACAGUACCAAAAAAGACAAGGGUCCUCGUAACUCUCGACUAGCUUACGUGAGGCAGUUAAUACAGGAUUGGUCCUGUGCUGGAAAGAGAUUUUAAAAUAAAGGUCUGUUUAAUAUGUUACAAUACUUUACUACAGAGUAUGUAGAAGUCUAUAUUUGAUUUAAUGCUUGCCAGCCAGUAGCUUAAUAUAAUGGAUAUUUCAUCCAUUAUAUAAUGGAUAUUUUAUUUCAAGUAACAUAAUUGAAGUUAAUCUAUCCCCAUUAUAUGUUCUAGUAGAUCAGGUUUCUUUUCUAAACAUAUUUCUUCCAAUUUAAGAAGAUAUGGACACACUAGAAAAUGAUAUAAAUAGUCUCUGUGUUGGGAAUUUGGACCAUACUAAGGCAUACAGCAGGGACAAUGUUAAUAUAUGGAAUACAUGUUAUGUUAAUUUUAGUUUAGUGAAGAUUUUUUAAAUUAUUUUCCUCAUGCCUCAACUGUUUGGAAGUUAUCUUAAAACGGAUCUCCUCACGGGUAGAAACGAUACUUUAUUAUCCCAUGUCAACUUUACAUUGUACAAAAUCUGAGAAACCGCACAUUAAAAAUUGAAGUAACGUGAUUAUUUUUUAUCAAACAAGUGUACUGCCAGUAAUAAUUUGCAAGGUACGAAAUUAAAAGGAAAUAGGUGAGAUCAAACUUUCCUUCCUCAAGCGUAAAGAUAGCUUGAGAGUUUUUUUAUUGUACUUUUUAGCAUGCAAGAAAUGGAAAAUUAAUAUAUGAAUACUACCGUCAUCGUUUCAACUGAGAAUAUGUCAGUACAAGUACUGUGAGGAUAUUUUCUUCUUAUUUUCCAGUCUGCUUUGAAACAUAAGUGGCUGUUAGUAGGGACAAGGAGUUCCGUGACAUACAAAUAACCUGGAAGUAAAAUGUUAGUUUUACGUGCUCUAUUUAUCCCUGUAUUUUCCUAGAUCAACUGAAAAUUCUUUGUUAUACUUCCAUUUCUAUUCAUACAGUAUUUUUUUCAUUAAAAGC